AUGUGUCUGCGUCCAUUUACCACAAUCAGACGUACGCUGCGCGGCUGGAUGUGCGGCGUGGACCCUGAUCACGUGCUGAUCGUGGGGGGUCCUGGUGCGUGUGGAUGGGUGCCCAGACGUACGCUGCGCGGCUGGAUGUGCGGCGUGGACCCUGAUCACGUGCUGAUCGUGGGGGGUCCUGACGGAGCUGGGUGUCUUCACACUGUGCCCCGUCACCUGGUGUCGGUUUGCACGUUUCAGCCGCCGUCGCCUGAGGAUGUAGGUUGCGAGAGAUCUGAUGUUGAUUCCAAAGUGGGGAUAGGAAGCUGGAAAAAUCGUGCUCCGGCUUUACAGUGCAGGGUGACAGACCUGAAGCACGACACCACGUCACUGCGUCAGACACGUGUCAGCCACCGCGCUUUUGGCGUUAAAGUCGAUGUAGUUUGA